ACAAGCUGGGGAUGUGUUAUCAAACUUGAGCAAGACUUAAAGCAGCUACAAACAUGUACUCUUGUAUGUGAGGUUCUUAAGCAAGUGUUUCCAUGUGUUAAGUGAUAAAUCAUGACAUCUAAGUUAACAGUUGAAAAGCCAGAUGGAGGGAAGAUUGAGACCAUCUUUGCAAAAGGAAUAUCAUAUUGGUCAGGGGUGGAAAUCCCCGGGGAUGACUUACAUGCCCAUAUCGACAAAGUACUGAACCUGGAUAUCAGGGACGAUGACAUCUAUCUGGCUACUUACCCUAAGGCAGGCACCCACUGGAUGUGGGAAAUCAUCCAGAUGCUGCUCAAAGGAAUCCCUGAGUAUGACAAACGAGUCAAGGAGUCUGCCUUCCUUGACUUCCGUCCCCCGGAAACUGUUAACAGCAUCCCCUCUCCUCGUGUUCUCAACUGCCACUACCCUGUGACCUUGACCCCAAAAAGAGUCAUCUCCAAGGGUAUCAAGAUAAUCCAUGUGCAGAGGAACUUUAAGGAUAUCUGUGUUUCUGCAUUCCACCACUUAAAGACGUUCAAAUUAUAUGGAGCAGAGACAUUUGACGAUUUCCUACCCAUCAUGAUUGGAUCAUAUGGAAUACAUUUCUUCUGUUCGUGGGCGGAGUAUGUACGAGGCUGGGAACGCUUCACCAACGACAACCCAGGCGAUGUUUUAAAUAUUUACUUUGAGGAUCUUAAAGAGGACCCUGUUAGAGAAAUAGCAAAAGUGGACAAGUUUCUGGAGACAGGGCAAGAUGAAGGGAUGUUCAAACAGAUAGCCGAGGCCUGCCACUUCACUAACAUGAAGAAAGCUAACAAAGAAAUCAAGGAGAACAACUUUAAUACAGAGGUGGACAUGUACAGGAAAGGUGAGGUUGGUGACUGGAAGAACUGGUUUACAGUAGCCCAGAGUGAAAGAGUGGACCAAUGGCUAGAAGAGAACAUGUUGGGCUCUCAGCUAAACUUCAGGGAUGCUCUCUAAAACUGAUCUUCCCAGCUACACCUCAGGGACACUUUCUAAGACCCUAGACCACACAAUCUGGAUGUAGCUCUAUUUACACCCAAACCAUCAUAAAAUUGUUCAACCAUUCACAGUUAUCAUGUAUGAUUGACAAACAAAACCACCAUGCUAUGCACCUAUUGUUUUUCAAGUUUUGUCAUGUGCUUAAAAUAUGGCCUUUUGUAUACAUUUGUAUGGCAAUUGAGAGAAAUAAAUAUUUUAAAUAAAAUGCCAAAUGUUUGUUAUGAAAAAAACCAACAACAUAAUAUGUUGGUAGUGACAUCUUAUAGAAAUAUCUUAUUUGAUACUAAGACUCUGUAAUUUUCAGGUAGAA